GGAAGGAGUGCAUCCACCUACUUUCCCUGAAGCUACCAUCACCACCCUGAAAACGGUCUCACAGAAAUAAGUGGCAUUAGGGACCACACGUAAUGAGAGCCAGAGAGAAGAAUCUUGGAGCAAGAAGCAGGGAGGUGAGCAACAGAGCUGCCGCUGUGCCUCAAGCUUCCAACGCCAGCUCACACACUUUGGGGCUUCUCUCUCUCUCCAGAUUUAGAGAAAGCAACUAGAAGACACCCACAGGCCAACAUCUUUGAGGACCCAAGGAAAAAGUCCAAGUGGGCCUUAUUCUAGCCUGACAUGGAUGCAGAAGCCCCAGCUGAGCCCAGAGAACGAAAGGUCACAAACCAGAGCACAGGAUGGAGAAUGAUCUUGGUCCUCAUACUGUGCCUGCUACAAGGCUCAUCCUCAGCGCCUUCACAUAAAGAUCUCCAUCUCAGAUGGUGGCGGGCUGGCUCUCUCCCCUCCAAGACUCACCUCUGUGCUGUGGACACGUUUCCAUCCUCAUUACCCUUCUGGCCUGACGAGCAUUCCUUCGCAGCUGCAGAUGUGUUGAAGGGCCCAAGGCUGGUGUCUGGAGAAGCCGGGGGAGCUGUCAUCAUCCAAUGCCAUUAUACCCCCUUACCUGUCAACAGGCACCAAAGGAAGUACUGGUGCCGUCUGGGGCCUCCAAGGUGGAUCUGCCACACCAUCGUGUCCACCAACUACUACACUCACCACAAGUACCUUGGCCGUGUGGCUCUAGCAGACUUCCCACGCAGUUGCUUCUUCGAGGUGCGGCUCUCCCGGCUGACCCUGGAUGAUGAGGGGCACUAUCGCUGUGGUAUUGGAAAUAGAAACAACUUGCUCUUCCUCAACAUGAAUCUGAUCAUCUCUGCAGGUCCUUCCAACAUGGCCCCCACAACCCCUCCAGCUCCCAGUAAACUCAUCACAGCAUCCUUUGGGACAGCAUCUCCAGGAACCCCAGGACCUCCUCAGACUCAAGAAUGUGAUAGAAUUGCUCCAAGUGCUGAAACCAGCAAAACCCAGAGAAGACAAAGCCCAGGGACAGACAGGGAAGUAGCUCCAGUAAUGCACAGCCAGGCAGAAGGCUCCAUCAAGACAACAGUCCCCACUGUGGAGAGUCCAGCUUUAAAUCACAGAGGCUUGUCCCGUACACCAGAGGAUGCAUGGACACAGAGCACCGGGAGAUCAGUAACAAAUGACAUUAGGAUCACACAGAGUGAGCCCCAGAUGACAACUACACAGGCCAACUGGCCAGGGGAGGGAACAGAGAGAGUCAGGAUGGCUCUGGGGACAGCCAGGAAGACCACAGAGACCACAAGGCCAUCGGCCUUGAUGUCAGCACAAGCUCCCUGGGAUAUCCUUAGAGAAACACUAGUGGUUUCUCAGCAACAAGCCCUGGGCUCUGUGGAGGGAUCAACUCUGGCUCCAGGCACAUGGACCUUGGAGACCCCCCACUUAGAUGCAGCAUCUGUGAAAGGAAGCACUGACCAGAACCUAGACAGCACUACUGUGGGAUAUGGUGGUCUCCAAGGAGAUAGUAGCUCCCAAGCAACACUGAGCCAGGCCCUAGCAACAGAUCGCCUGAGGCCCACUGGCAAGGGGGCUUCCAUGAAGAGUGCUUUUCCAGAUGAGGAAAGCAGCUCUUGGAUCCUGACUCCCGGUUCAACGAUGCUGGCUCUGUUUCUGCUCGUGGCUCUUGUCCUGAUACGAAGGAAGAUCUGGAGAAAGAGGACCUCUCAGGAAGCAGAAAGGGCACCAAGAGUCACUCUGAUUCAGAUGACACAUCUCCUGGAAGUCAACCCUCCAACCAAAGCAACUCUUCCAUGUGCAAGGGAAAGCACUGCGUGACUUUCCUCCUAUACAAGCCAGCCUGACCAUCCAGGAAAAGGACCCAGGACCCUGAGAAAUGGAAACAGCUCAGUUACGACAGAGCAAAGAUUAGGACCAAACAACCUUAUGAUCCUAGCCCUUUUCAUCUUCCUUCUUCCACCUGCAUGAAGACAAGUGAACAGAGCUUAGAGCCCACAAAGGGAAUAGGAGGUUGGCCAUCUUGGGCCCUGGAAGUUCAAGCGUUCUCUACUUGUCUCCAUCGGUGACAAUAUGACUCAAAGAAGCUUUCAAGAAAAGACCUAGGAAACACUAGAAGAAGCCACCUGGGAUACGUGUGAAAUUUCCAUUUCGGGAAGCUUCCAACAGUGUGGAAAACAACUUUUUUUGGCCAUCAAUGUUAACCCUACUUUUCUAAUGUUUAUUCAGCCUUAAUCUGCUACUCAUAUUUACUAAUGACCGUCUCUAUCAGUUAUGCUUGCUCAAGUAGAGACUCAGCUACUUAGAGCAGUAAUUAUGAGAAGUGGAGCUGUGGCUCAUGUGGUAGAGCACAAGCCUUGAGCAAAAAAGCUAAGGAACAGUGCCUAAGCACUGAAUUCAAGCCUCAGCAGCAGCAUACCCUCACAAAAAGAACAAUAAUUGUAUUUUAUUCACCGCAAGUCUCCAGAGAACUUACAGCUCAGUAGGAUCCUAGUAUCUCUCUGUGGCUGAUUUGCUGUCUGAGAAGGAAUGGGCUCAGUGGCUUCUGGGGACUCACCCAGACAAGAGCUCUGAAUUUCCCUGGGUCUCUGCCCUGUCAUCUGGGAGGCCCCAGAUGGGUCUCUAGUAACAGGUGGUUUCUUUGUUGAGACCAAAGGAAAGAAUGCUUAGCCCGCAUUUAACCCCAUCUACAUUGUGUUACAAACUUUGUGACCCAAUCAAGAUUUUCUGGGAUUUUCCUAAAUUCAUAGAAGAAAGUACUUUUUGGUAAAUUUUUACUUUCUUUAUAAAGUCCUUCUUGUUCACUUAUGAGUCUUUAAGCUCAAAGACUGUUAACAAAACUGGAAAUUAAUGUUGAAGGGUUGAGGUUGGGAACAAAAGAGAGGAAUGUUAUGUGGAUUCUGUCUUAUAACCAUAUUAUCUCAUGGACAUUGGGGAACUUUUUCUCCCUCCCAUAACCCCACUGACUUUUCAGAAAUCACAUCUGGUUUCUUUUUUGUUCUCUUGACAGAUGUGUUAGCAAGCUGUCUG